AUGGCUCCACGGCGUGGCGGUGGUGGCGGUGCGGGCGUCGAAACCUCGUCCAGUCUUCGAGGUGGCUUGGCGCCACCACCUCUGAAGCGCGUGCAGCCAUGGUUGGAGGACGGCUCCGGGCAGUGCGACAUAGUGGCUGGCGGAGUGGAUGCAAGCGGUGUUUUCAAGGGCAUUUAUGUCAGUGGAGUGCACUUGGCAGCCUUGCUUCGCACCUUCCAGUUGUCAAAAGCUUUCCUCCCUGUGGAAACACCAACACCGGUGCAAGCUUUAGGACAAUCCCUGCAAGACGGCGUCCCUCUUGUCAUUGUAACAAGAGGGUGCUUCGGUCGGGAAAUGGACAUCGGGAAUGGCCCCACACGCAAUGACAUCCAGAAGGCCGUGUGGGAGGCCGCGCGGCGGAUGAGAGCCGACAUGCCGCAAGUGCUAGUGACGUGCAUCGAUGUUCCUCUAGAUGCGGGGUCCGAGGUUGUGAACGCUUGCCUCCAAGCACCGUUGAACGAGUAUCGUGAGCUUCUUUAUCAUGAUGGUGCAUGGUUCACACCAGCAGUGUACAAUGCGUCGAAGCUUGGCCAGUGGGUCUCCAACAAUCCACGCGAGCUCAAACCGAAAGGAGGACUGAGCUUCUCACGCAAGAAGUUCGAAUGGAACAACAAAGCGUACGAGAAUAUGUUCUUGCUCGGCUGGAAGCCUGUCCUGGAAUCUUGA